AGGCCAGCGCAUUCACCCUCUUAAACCGCUCUUAUCAGCAUCAACUACUGAACUUCAGACCAGGGCAUAAACCUGCUAUACUACUCAAUUUCAACUUCAAGUAUGAAGAACACAAUCACAGCUGCCAUCUGCCUGCUUCUGCUGACUGCACUUAGCGCUGAAGGGAUGAGUGUGAGGGGACUAGGAGUGGAUCUGCGGUGUCGCUGUAUUGAGACAGAGAGCCGGAGAAUUGGGAAACUCAUUCAGAGUGUGGAGCUGUUCCCUCCCAGUGCCCACUGCAAGGACACCGAGAUUAUUGCCACUCUGAAAGAGACUGGUCAGCAGAUCUGUCUGGACACCACUGCUCCCUGGGUCAAAAAGGUCAUCGAGAGAAUCCUGGAUAACAGGAAGCCCUGAGCUGCAGGGAGAGAUUCCUCCAGAUGUUCAGCAGACUUUACUACUCCAGAUCAAACUGCACCAACAUUGUUAUCCAUUUUAUGUGAUACAAUGUAUGUUUAUGAUCUUGAUGCUGUUGUUUGUGGACAAGACGGCGGCCUGUAGCAUAGUGGUUAAGGUACAUGACUGGGACACGCAAGAUCAGUGGUUCGAUCUCUGGUGUAGCCACAAAAAGAUCCGCAUAGCUGUUAGGCCCUUGAGCAAGGCCCUUAACCCUGCAUUGCUCCAGGGGAGGAUUGUCUCAUUACAUUACAUUACAUUACUGGCAUUUGGCAGAUGCUCUUAUCCAGAGCGACGUACAUUUGAUUAGAUUAAGCAGGAGACAAUCCUCCAGUCUAGUCAACUGUAUGUCGCUCUGGAUAAGAGCGUCUGCCAAAUGCCAAUAAUGUGAUGUAAUGUAACAAACAUCUGUCUAGACGCACAUAGCUGGCCUGUACAUGAACAGAAUUACUGAGGCAUGAGUCUCUUUACUUUGUUCCUACACUUUAUGACAAAUUGACAUCAGUCUUAUAUUGAGUGUUAUUAACUUAAUACUUAAAAACAAAGUAUACUGAAUUAUGAUGAACAUAUGUGAAGGUUUGCAGUAUUUAUCUCUAUUUAUUAUUUAUUAAAUUAGAUGUUAUUUAACUGAAUUUAGAUAUUGGUUAUUUGAAUUAAGAGUGGAUGCAGCUUGCUACUAUGAAGUUCUUAACUUUGUAUUUGUUUUUCCUGUGAAUAAAAAUCUUACUAAGUUGCACUAUACAUAUACAUGAUGUACAGACUUAUUGAAACAUGUGAUGCAAAUCAGGACAAAUAUCAAGCACAGCCUGGGAUGCACAUACAGUGUGACUGAGAAAUAAAUGCAGGGUGGAACAAAAGCUCAAAUUAGGAAAAAUCUGUGCAAAAAUCACAGGAAAAUGAGCAAAUGGAAAUAUUGGUGUCAGGUUACUAUCAAAAACAUAAUGAUUGCAGUCACUAAUGAACUAGGCUACACUGCGGAGAGAAGAAAUACAAAUAUUUAUUUCAAAUAUGAAGUUAUUUACAGGGGUAAAAAAGCAAAGUCUCAAACAAAGACCAAGCCAAGUGUAAAACCGACAAAAUGGAGAAAGUAUGAAGAGCUGCAAUACUUCUGUAGGAGAAGAGGCCCUAACCCUGACCCUAACCCUGGUAGCUGUCAACAUAAUGUAACAUAACAUGACAUAACAUAAUGAAACGUUGUAGGAGAGAUGUAUCCGGGUGGCUGUCGUCCGGGUAUUUCUCCAUCCAGAGUUUUACAGCUGUUAGCCCUGCUGCAGUGUUUAUGUUUGUGUAGAGACUAUCUAUGUCAAUUGUGAAUAAAAUGGUGUCCUGUGUUAUUUCAGUGUU